AUGGGUAUUUGCUGCAGUUGUUUAUCAGGUCGUGAAAAUAGCGAUGCAUACCAGCCGUUGUUGGCUGAAAAUGAACGUGAAGCUAUAUCUGCCUUACUCCAAUACCUUGAAAAUAGACAAGAAGUUGAUUUCUUUAGUCAUGGUCCAUUAAAAGCAUUAAGUACACUAGUAUAUUCAGAUAAUAUAGACUUACAAAGAAGUGCUGCUUUAGCAUUUGCAGAAAUCACCGAAAAAGAUGUCAGACCUGUUGAUAGAGAAGUUUUAGAACCUAUAUUAAUAUUAUUACAAAGUUCAGAUCCAGAAGUUCAAAGAGCUGCAUGUGCAGCAUUGGGUAACCUGGCUGUUAAUAAUGAUAACAAGAUCUUAAUUGUGGAUAUGGGUGGGCUAGAACCUCUAAUCCGUCAAAUGUUGAGUAGUAAUAUUGAAGUUCAAUGUAAUGCAGUUGGUUGUAUAACAAAUUUAGCUACUCAAGAUGAUAAUAAGGCCAAAAUUGCAAGAUCAGGUGCAUUAGUACCAUUGACAAAAUUGGCUAAAUCAAAAGACCUUAGAGUUCAAAGAAAUGCAACAGGUGCGCUAUUAAACAUGACACAUUCAAAUGAAAAUAGACAAGAAUUGGUAAAUGCAGGUGCUGUACCAGUAUUGGUUUCACUAUUAUUAUCACAAGAUGCUGAUGUGCAAUACUAUUGUACAACUGCCCUUUCAAACAUUGCAGUUGAUGAAGCAAAUAGAAAAAAAUUAUCACAAACAGAACCAAGAUUAGUUACACAAUUGGUUCAAUUAAUGGAUUCAACAAGUCCAAGAGUUCAAUGUCAAGCUACUUUAGCCUUGAGAAAUUUAGCUUCUGAUGCAGGUUAUCAAUUGGAAAUUGUUAGGGCUGGUGGAUUACCACAUUUAGUGAAAUUAUUACAAUCUUCUCAUCAACCUUUAGUCUUGGCUGCCGUUGCAUGUAUUAGAAACAUUUCAAUACAUCCAUUAAAUGAAGGUUUAAUCAUAGAUGCUGGAUUCUUGAAACCAUUAGUUGCAUUAUUAGAUUAUAAUGAUUCUGAAGAAAUUCAAUGUCAUGCUGUUUCUACUUUAAGAAACUUGGCUGCAAGUUCAGAAAGAAAUAGAUUGGCUUUAUUGGAUGCUAAUGCUGUUUUGAAAUGUAAAGAAUUGGUAUUGAAUACACCAGUCAGUGUUCAAAGUGAAAUUUCUGCAUGUUUUGCCAUUUUAGCAUUAGCUGAUGAUUUGAAAAUUAAAUUAUUAGAUCUUGGAUUAGUUGAAGUUUUAAUCCCAUUAACUUUUUCAAAUAAUGGUGAAGUUUGUGGUAAUGCUGCAGCUGCUUUAGCUAAUUUAUGUUCAAGAAUUAAUGAUUAUAGACAAAUAAUUUCAAGCUGGGAAACUCCAAAUGAAGGUAUUUUAGGAUUUUUAAUUAGAUUUUUAAGUUCAGAAAACCCAACAUUUGAACAUAUUGCCUUAUGGACUAUUUUACAAUUACUGGAGAGUGGUAAUAAUGACGUGACUAAUUUAAUUAAAGAAAAUGAAAAUUUAAUCAGUGCUAUAAAGAAAUUGGCUGAUGCAAAUUUCUCAGCUUCACAAAAUAAUGCAAACUUUAUGAAUAGUCAAGAUCAAUUCGAAGAUCCAAAAAUUGAACUAUACAAUUUGACACAACAAAUUCUUCAAUAUGUGAACUAA